GUCUCAGUUGCUUGGGAGUGGGGAGCAAUGCUGCUCGCUUCCUGUUCAGGCAUGAUCACAUAGCCACGCUUCCUGCUCUGCCCUCCUUCCUGUGGACUCUGCCUCCUCACCACAGAGAUGCCCUGGCAAGUCCAGGGUCCUGGAGCCAGGAAGAAAAAAAACCAUGGAUGCCAGGGAACAUGCCUUAGCUUCCCUGAUACGUGACACCAGCGGCCCUGGGGAGCUGCCUGUGUGUCACCAGCAGAGCAAGACAAAGAACUGGUCCUUCUCGCUCGUGGUGGCUGCUCUCGUGGGAGCCUUCGGAUCCUCCUUCCUCUAUGGGUACAACCUCUCGGUGGUGAAUGCGCCCACGCCGUAUAUCAAGGCCUUUUACAACGAAACCUGGUACAGAAGGCAUGGACAUCCCAUAGACCCGGAUACCCUGACUCUGCUCUGGUCUGUGACUGUGUCCAUAUUUGCCAUUGGUGGCCUGGUGGGAACACUGAUGGUGAAGAUAAUCGGAAAAUUUCUUGGGAGGAAGUCCACAUUGCUGGUCAACAAUGGAUUUGCCAUUUCUGCGGCGUUGCUGAUGGCCUGCUCACUCCAGGCAGGAACCUUUGAGAUGCUCAUUGUGGGUCGCUUCAUCAUGGGCGUGGAUGGAGGCAUCGCACUCAGCGCGCUCCCCAUGUACCUCAACGAGAUCUCACCCAAGGAGAUCCGGGGCUCUCUGGGCCAGGUGACUGCCAUCUUCAUCUGCAUCGGCGUGUUUUCUGGACAGUUGCUGGGUCUGCCGGAGCUGCUGGGAAGGGAGAGCACCUGGCCAUACCUGUUCGGAGUGAUCAUUGUCCCUGCCUUGGUCCAGUUGGCGAGCCUGCCAUUUCUCCCUGAGAGCCCACGCUAUCUCCUCUUUGAAAAGCAUGACGAGGCAGGAGCCAUGAAAGCCUUCCAAACAUUUCUGGGGAAAGCAGAUGUCUCCCAAGAAUUGGAGGAGGCCCUGGCUGAGAGCCGUGUGCAAAGGAACCUCCGCCUGGUGUCUGUGCUGGAGCUUCUGAGGGCGCCUUUUGUCCGCUGGCAGGUCAUCACUGUCAUUAUCACCAUGGCCAGCUACCAACUAUGUGGACUCAACGCGAUCUGGUUCUACACCAACAGCAUCUUUGGGAAGGCUGGGAUCCCUCAGGACAAGAUCCCAUACAUCACCCUGAGCACGGGUGGAAUUGAGACACUGGCUGCUAUCUUCUCUGGCUUGGUCAUUGAGCGCUUAGGAAGGAGACCUCUCCUCAUUGGUGGCUUCGGGCUAAUGGCUCUCUUCUUUGGGACCCUCACGGUGACGCUGACCCUGCAGGACCAAGCUCCCUGGGUCCCUUACCUAAGCAUCGUGUGCAUCUUGGCCAUCAUUGCCUCGUUCUGCAGCGGUCCAGGUGGGAUCCCGUUCAUCCUGACCGGUGAGUUCUUCCAGCAGUCGGAGCGGCCGGCAGCCUUCAUGAUCGCAGGCACAGUCAACUGGCUCUCCAACUUUGCUGUAGGGCUCCUGUUCCCCUUCAUCCAGAAAAGCCUGGACUCCUAUUGCUUCCUUGUCUUUGCCACAAUAUGUAUCGCGGGUGCUACCUACUUCUAUUUUGUCCUCCCAGAGACCAAGAACAGAACCCACGCAGAAAUCAGCCAGGCAUUCGCCAAGAGGAACAAGGCUCACCCCCCAGAGGUGAAGGCUCACUCAGCCAUGGCAGAGGAGAAGGCCAACAGCCAGACUGAGCCGGAUCCAUCCUCCACUCUGGACAGCUCUGGCCAAAACAAAAUUGUCUAAAUGUGUGUUCUUGCUACAGUAACCCAAGACUUUCCAAAAACUUAGAAGGUUUCAGGUAACCAAAGCCACGUGAGACUCCUAUACUGGGGAGUUAGGAAGAAACCUGUGGGGAUCAAACCUCACAGCUGCACGUCCAGACUCCCCUGGAAGCAUUCUGAGGUUUGCUACACUCAGUACAGGCUGUCUUCCUCAUGACUGAACCCAUAGUUUUGAAAUAAAGUUGUGGGAAAGGGAACAUAGGAAAGCCAUCCUGUCUGAUGGACACUCAUGGUUCUGAGAAUGGCAGCCUGGGGCUUGUCUCAGCUGUGCUGUUGCUAAGCAACCCUGACCUGCCCUCAGCCUCUAACCUCCAGGCCCCUAGACCUUGGAAGGCUUUCCCACUUCCAUGGGAAGAUCCUUUGUCCCACUAACAAAUGCCUGUUGCUAAUCUUUGACUCUGCCCUGUGGACCUGAGUCUUAACAUUUCAUACCAACCCACCACACUGCUGAUCCCUACCAAGGCGGGUGAUGUCCCCAGCACUCAAGGCUGACAGGUCUGAGGCUUUAGUUCAGACUGUUACAGAGAGCACACAGAGGAUCAACAAAUCAUAUGAAAAAGAACUUUGUGGUACCUAGGGGUCAGAGACUGCAAGGUGGGCUCUGAACCCUGAGAAUGACUCUGAGACUACACCUAGGUUGGAUGGGAAAGAACACUGGGAUUGAUUGAUGAUGUCUGUCCUGGAUGUCAGCAUGACAGCCUCAGUUCCUGAGCCUUGUGUUUGCAAUGUGAAGGAGGUAACAAAAUGCCUAGAAAGACGCUUGGCAUCACUCGUAGUGCUCAGGGGCAGGCUGGGGUGGUGGGGAUCACCUGUCCCAGCAGUUGUUUAGGGAGUCAAAGGGGCGGUUCUAGAGGAAGGCUUUUGAGUGGGUGUCUGGUUGGGGCAACUUGCAUCUUGUUGUCAUGUUUGGCUGAAUCCCUUCUUCUGCCUCCAAAACAAAGUACAUAUGACAAAUGUCAUAAGCAAAAAGCAGGGACAUCAACUGGCAUUGGCGUGUUUAAGUUUAGGAUGCCUUAGAGGGUGUGUGGUCUCCAGACCAGGCAACUCAGCUGUUUUGCUGACCACUCUAAACGAGGACAACUUCAACCAAAACCUGUGUUCUGACUUUUCCCUCCCUGUUGAACACUCUUCAUCUUGGGUCUCUCCUUGGUGCAUUCCCAGCUCAGGAAACCAUACCAUCCAGCACCGGUUUGAACAUUGUGUGUCAGUAUAGAGAGAGCACAACGUAUAGAUUUGACAAGGGCCGUCACAAAGAGAACCAAGUAAUUAUAAAAGAGAAAUCAUAACACUGGAAAACUGGCAUUCACUUGGAGAUUUAAGUAUUCUGUCAAUAAAUAUUUAUUAAUCAAUCACUAUUCUGCCUUGACUGAGUACUGAAGACAGAUUUAUGGGCACGGAAACACGCUGCCCUGACCUUCACACUGUCCUGUCUGACAGAGAUAUACCGUCAAAGCACUAAUAGUGAGGUGAAGUGCCAUCGGUGCUGGGUGGACAGUGGUGUGGGGACACGUAGCAGAAAUAAAUGGGGUCUUAGCUGAGAAAGAGGAUUGCCUUCCAAGACAAGGGACAGAGUAGAGCCAGGGCCAGUGACCAUGAGGCCAGAGGCCAGCAAUUAUUAUUGUUCUGUUCUUAUAUUUGAAAUUAUAGUGAAACUACACUAAGGGCAUUUAAAAAAAAAUGAAUCUCAUAAUAAAACUGAUCAUCUCCAUCG